AUGCCAGUGUCAGAACAGUAAAAGGGGAAAGUUCAAUUGGAGGUUCUGGGGUUUGCUGUGCUUACACAGUAUAUACAUCGCAGUCAUUGUCACUUUGGCACUGUGCGUGCCAGGCUAGCAAUUAAAGUCUUGCCCCACGACGCGUCUUCUCGCCUGCCCAACGCGACCCCUCCAAAGCCUUGGCCAGCUCGCACCACAACUGUCAUACGAUCGAAAACCGAAAAGACCUUGUUGGCAUCGACGUUGGAGUUACCAGAGACCGCCCAACAGCAGUUACGCCAACAUGGCCGAACAACAGAUUACGCAAGGCGCGAUAGAUGCCAUUUUCAACGAGCCAGACCGCGCAGCCGCUCAGUUCCCCGUACCUGUGAUGCAAUGCCUGCAGCUCAAGACCCUCGAGGCGAAACAGGGAGCUCCGGGAGGGGGCGUUCAGAGAUACCGCAUCAUCUUGAGCGACAUCCGCAACUAUGUGCAGUGCAUGCUCGCCACGCAGGCCAACCACGUGGUGCACAGCGGCCAGCUGGAUCGCGGUUCCAUAGUGCGUCUGAAACAAUAUCAGGCCCAGUCCCUGAAGGGUAAAAAUGUCAUGAUCGUCCUGGACCUCGAGGUUAUCCCGGAACUCGGCAACCCGGAAAAGAUCGGUGAUCCUAAGGGCUUGGAAAUCAGGAACGAGCAGCCACAGAGUACAACUAUCGGUGGUGCUGGCUUUUACGGGGUCAAGAAUGAGCCGGUCCAGGAGUCGACAUCGCAGGUCCAAAAGCAGUUGGCCUCUACCUCCAACCGAGGUGGCGGAGGAGGAGGGCCCAGCCAACACGGUGGCAGCACGAUAUACCCGAUCGAGGCGCUUUCGCCGUUUGCGAACAAAUGGACGAUCAAGGUUCGGGUCACGAGCAAAUCGGACAUCAGGACAUGGGCCAAGGCACACGGGAAUGGCAAGCUGUUCAGCGUGAAUCUCCUGGACGAGAGCGGCGAGAUCAGGGCGACGGGCUUCAACGAACAGGUCGACCAAUUCUACGACCUGUUCCAGGAAGGCAACGUCUACUACAUCUCGACGCCGUGUAAAGUGGGGAUGGCCAAGAAGCAGUUCAGCAACCUCUCCAAUGACUAUGAGCUAGUGCUCGAGCGCGACACCGUCAUUGAGAAGGCCGAAGACCAGAGCUCGGUGCCGCAAGUGCGCUUCAACUUCUGCAGCAUCCAAGAGCUCCAAGAGGUCGAGAAGGACGCCACGGUGGACGUCAUCGGCGUUUUGAAGGAGGUGUCUGAUGUGGACCAGAUCAUAUCCAAGACGACACAGAAGGGGUAUGAUAAGCGUGAGCUGACGUUAGUCGACGACACGGGCUACUCGGUGCGUGUGACGGUCUGGGGCAAGACGGCAACCGAGUUCGAUGCCAGCCCAGAGUCUAUCGUCGCCUUCAAGGGCACGCGAGUCAGCGACUUUAACGGGCGCAGCCUGUCGCUCCUAUCCUCGGGCACGAUGGCGGUCGACCCCGACAUCCCCGAGGCGCACAAGCUCAAGGGCUGGUACGACUCGAACGGCAGGAACCAGUCGUUCGCGACACACAGCAACAUGUCAACGGUCGGGGCCGCGACGGGCCGCAAGGACGAUUUGAAGACGAUCGGACAAGUCAAGGCCGAGAACCUCGGAGUUGACGACACGACAUACUUCAGCAUAAAGGCCACCGUAGUGUACAUCCGGCAGGAGAACUUUGCAUACCCGGCUUGCCCCAUCGAGGGCUGCGCUAAGAAGGUGACGGAGACGAGCGAGGGGUGGCGGUGCGAGAAGCACAACGUGGACCAUGAAAGACCGCAGUAUCGAUACAUCAUGUCAAUCAACGCCACCGACCACACGGGCAACCUCUCGCUCAGCUGCUUCGACGACUCGGCGCGCGUCAUCAUGGGCGGCAAGACGGCGGACGAGCUGAUGGAGAUGCAGGCGAUAGGCGACAAUGAAGCCGUCCACAAGGCGUUCGAGGCGGCCAACUGCAGGAAGUGGGCGUUCCGCUGCCGUGCGAAGAUGGAAACGUAUAGCGAUCAGCCGAGGCUCCGCUACCAGGUCAUGAGCGUCUCGCCGCUGGAUUAUCGGGCGGAAGGCCACAAGCUGGCCGAGAUGAUCAAGCAGAUGAGCAUGUAAGGUGGGAUUACCGUGUGUUAUGUUGAACUGUGCCCGGAACGGGAGUAGAAGCCUCAGCUCACCCCCGGGGUGGCGUUCGGAAACAGUCUGCAAGGACCAGUGGGGUACGAUGGCCAUCAUGACGUGCAUUCGGAAGCUGGAAGCUUUGUACCUUACGGAGUAACCCUUGCAAAAGAUUUAGUCUGUAGACACACCGAGACACCGCUUUCCCGGUUGGAAUGUAAGCUGGAAGCGUUGAGAAGCUCAACGAUGAAUCAGUUCAAACCGCCGUUCAAACGGAGGUGAGUGGGGC